AAUACCGUAACAGGAUGUAUCUAUGAUCUAAAGUGGCGAUGCGGCAAAUAGGGACCCUGUCUUUGACACGGUUCUAUAACAUAGCAUUUAGGCAGCCACGGCAUUUCUCAAGUAACGCCAAAUUCGGCCCAUUAGGGAAUGAUUGGUGGGAUAUAGACGGCCCAGUUAGUGUUCUGCACGAUUAUAACUACGUACGUGUGCCAUUCAUAGCACGGUCAUAUGCUAACCUGAACGGUCAAGAAGAUAACCAUACAAAUGUACCGCAACUAGGAACUUUCAUAUGGGAUUGUAUAUUUAAAGAAGCUGAAAAGCGUUCAAAAGUACAUCUAUCAAGUAUACUUAACGGUGUACGUAUACUAGACGUAGGUUGCGGUGGAGGUAUACUUAGCGAGAUACUGGCAAAGUGCGGAGCUCACGUAACGGGCAUAGAUCCGUCCAAAGAGCUUAUAGAAGUUGCCAAACAGCAUAGGGAUACGGAUCUAGUAUACGACUGCGCAAAGCUAGGGUUAUCUGACGAGUGCUCAAGGAACUUGGAGUAUAUACAAGGUACUGUGGAAUCCUAUGCACAGAGUCACCACAAGGAACUAUUUGAUAUUGUAGUGGCUUCCGAAGUUAUAGAGCAUGUGCCAAAUAUACAAAAACAAGCAUUCAUCGACUCCAUUGCAAGGUUAACGAAACCCGGUGUUGUAGUUGAGUCAACAUUCUGCUGCUCCACGGGCUCAGACAUUGUGAACAUCCAAUACACAAGUAAUGUCUUGUGGUAUAGUGCCUUACAAAUUAAACUUCCGCUCUAUACGGGUCUCGUAGCAAAUGUUGCUUUGUGUGCGCCAGACAGUUCAGCUAUCAAGCGCAUUAGACACGACCUUCGUUAACACCAAUGUAGAUACCAGUAAUACAUAAAUAAUGUAAUGCAAUUUAAGCAUAUAUACC